CGUUGGGUCAUCGUGUUCCAAGUUUCCAAACACAUGUCGAAGACGACGAACGCCUCUUGACCGGACGGCGGCCGGCCGGCAGCUCAAACCCAGCCCACCCACCACCAGAGUGGCGGCUAGCUACUGUAUUUCCUCGCUCCCCUCCCGUUCCCCGUCUCUCAGCUCCGGCUCCAGGUAGCGACAGCCGGUAGCCAUGGCUUGCUCCACCCAUCUUCUCUCGCAGAGCCUGUACCAAUCCCACCGCCCGAGCCCGGCCGCGUCCAGGCACCUCCGGUUCCAGGCCCGUCCUGCGGCGGCGGCUUGGUCCUGUUCCAGCGCCAGGAGCCGCCGGUCUCCUAGUGUAAGAGUCGCCGCGUCGGCGGAGCAAGGGAGGAGGCAAGUGGAGCUUACAUAUGACGCACAAGGCAAGUUCAACCAGCUAGCCGACCAAAUUGACCAGAAUGUCGGGAUUACACGGCUCAACCUGUUCUCACCUUGCAAAAUUAAUGUGUUCUUGAGGAUGACAGGGAAGAGACCAGAUGGGUUCCACGACCUGGCUUCUCUGUUUCAUGUGGUUAGUUUGGGUGACACUAUCAAAUUCUCACUGUCUCCAAGUAAGAGCAUAGAUCGGCUAUCAACCAAUGUAGCAGGUGUCCCGGUUGAUGAAAGUAAUUUGAUCAUCAAGGCUCUCAAUCUUUACCGCAAGAAAACUGGAACAGACAAGCACUUUUGGAUACAUCUCGAUAAGAAGGUUCCAACUGGUGCUGGUCUUGGAGGCGGAAGCAGUAAUGCUGCAACUGCACUAUGGGCCGCUAACCAAUUUAGUGGUGGCAUUGCGACAGAACAAGAUCUUCAAGAGUGGUCUGGUGAGAUUGGAUCAGAUAUCCCCUUCUUCUUUUCACGAGGAGCAGCAUACUGUACUGGUAGAGGAGAGAUAGUCCAAGAUAUUCCGGAUCUGUUGCCGAUAAAUCUGCCAAUGGUUCUAAUAAAGCCACCUGAAGCAUGCUCAACUGCUGAGGUUUACAAGCGACUAAGGUUAGAUCAGACUAGUCAAGCUGAUCCAUUGGCUUUACUCAAGGAGAUAACGCAAAACGGGAUAUCACAGGAUGUCUGUAUAAAUGAUCUAGAGCCACCAGCUUUUGAGGUAUUGAGAUCACUAAAGAGGUUGAAGAAACGAAUUAUGGCAUCCAACCGGGGGGAAUACAGUGCUGUUUUUAUGUCAGGAAGUGGGAGCACUAUUGUUGGAAUUGGUUCCCCAGAUCCGCCUGCGUUUGUGUAUGACGAUGAGGACUACAAGGAUGUUUUUGUGUCAGAGGCCCGCUUCCUGACUCGCGAGGAGAACGAGUGGUACAGAGAACCACUCACCUCAAACGCCACGUUUAGCAAAGAAGAUUUACCGUCAGAGGCAGCACCAGUUGUUGACUGACCGAGCGAGGUUGUGUAUCGGCUCGCAGUUUUGUGGUUACAGUACACGGGUCUUCAUCUGGUCUGAUCAAUGUCUCAGAAUGGCAAGAGAACAUGUCGCACCAUAAUUUGUUGAUAGGAAAAUUUGAUAUCACAAAGGAACAUCUUAUUGAAUUAA